CCUAUGCAAAAGUUCAUGGUGACUAUGAAAGUAUCCAUGGUGGUGAGACUGGUCAAGGAAUAGAAGAUCUGACGGGUGGUGUCUACACUUUAAUAUUCGUUUCUGACAUUUUAGAUAAAGAGAAAUUUUGGAAUGAAGAAUUAAAAUAUGUUAAUGAUG